UAAGGUUUAUCUGUAACGUACAAGUGGAAUUCCAGGACAAUUUAUUUACAAAAGGAUAAUCUACAAAAAUCGCUAAUUGCGGAUCAGCCUAGCAGCGUUAUCACUGCGUGAAUCAGUUAACCUCCAAGAUUCCACCACGUCGCUUUAUUUGUCAUUAAAAAUUCCCAGACAGAGCUGUACUCGUUCUCCAGUGAGUAUUUAAUUACAGAUAAUUGGAAACCUAAAAUUGCGAGACAAUGUCAGUCGGCCCACCAACGAGGUUUCUCAAGCACGACACUUCCAGGGACUUAUGGCAAAUCAUAUUCUCAAACAAACCGGGUUUAUCGAAGAACCAAGUCCAGUCCAUCUUCUCAAGAUUCGGCGACAUCGACAAGAUCAUCCAGACAGGCACACCCCACGGUUUCUGUAUCGUGAAAUACACCACGAGAGAAGCUGCCAUGAAGUGUAUUACUACGGAUGUUGCUGACCGAGACUUCAUAACACUGUCACCGUUCAUUCAAGAUUAUCAAAAGAAGAAUUCGAAGGAGGGAUCGGAGGGUAGUGCCGAGCAGGAGCCAUCAGAUGCAAAUUCCAACUGGGCUGAGAAGGGCACUGAUGGAAAAUCGAUGAAAAAUAAUAACCACGACAUCGAGGAUGAGUCCACGAAGCUGAAGGAUCGUCCGUCAAUUGCACAAGAUUAUAAAGAGGACUCUAAUUUAAUGCAGACAAAGGAUUUUUGUCAAUUCUCGAAGACUGAAUAUUCUCAGUCAAAGAGCAACAUUAAUAAACCAAGAGAUCAAUCAAUUGCUGCAGAUUCUGGCUUCGCUCAUUCAAAUUCGUUAAACAAUGUUCACUCAAACAAAGCAACAGCUUCCGGGAAGUCAGGAAUGGAAGAAAAAACUCAAUUCAAAUCAUUAAAUGAUAGAAUUAAUUACCUGAGGUGCCAACGUCCGCUCAGAGUUCCGGACAUCGGAGGGAAGAAUGGACAAGGAAACGAGGAUCGAUCGAGCAUUUCGUCAGACAGUUCGUCUUUGGGUGGGCAAAAGGUGAAGACUGAAUUGAAUCAAUCGAAUGAUUCUGAGGUGGCUGGGACUUAUGGAGGGAGUUGCGCGACGUCAGCAGAUGAUAAGGACUUGGAUCAGGCAGCAGGACUGCCUGCGUUAAUCGAUAAAAAGGCAAUACUUCAGAAAAAUAAUUCAGCGACGACGUUGGAACCAAUUUGCAAUGGACUUUGCUGCCAACCGUACGCCGGUCCCUCCCAGGCCCACGAGGUCAUCGUCGCCAACAUCGAUAAGACAUGCGAUGUGGGGUUCAUCAUGAAUCUCUUCAAGGACUAUCAGCCUGCGUUGGUGACGAGCAUAAGGGAGCAUAAGAAGACUCUUCGAUAUUGUCACGUUUACUUCGAGAGUUCUCAACGCGCACAGGCAGUUGAGAAGAUCUUCGAUCACAUAAGGAUUCAUGGGAAGGAGCUCAUCGUACUCCGCCCAGAGACCAUGGUGCCAUAAAUUAAGAGAUUUUCUGGUUCUUCAUGACGUUCAUUAAAAGAUUAUAUUCCAGCAGACGUUUUUUUCCGGUCAACUGUCAACUGAAAAAUUUAUACGUUUUUUUUCUACUAAUUGAUUGAUUUAUUUUU